UUGGUAUAUGAGGAUAUUCGGGUUACGAUUGGUGAAUAAAGGAUUUCUAAUAUCUGGUGACUUGCAAUAAUAUUUAUAACGAGACUCAGCAAAGAGAUUUUUCACGGAUUUCAUUGAUAGUGCUUACAAUAAUUAUCAUCUUCAAUACCACUGGACCACAAAGAAAUUCCCAUGCAGCUCUAUAAUAAUGUUUUGGGGAAAGCGUUCGAGUGAGUUCUGCGACGUCAUAAUGUCUUCAAGACGGGUAAUACCAGUUUGUUAAUAUAUACCAGACAUAAUUUUAUAAAUAGAAUUUCAUCAUUGAAAAGUUGUCACAUUUCAGAACGUGCUAUGCAUGCAGGUCCACUUUGGAAGGCGAAUACAGCAUAGAGUCAAUCCGCAAGAAGUGAGUUAAUAUCUCACCUAGAUGACAGUGUGCAGGGUCCGUAUAGAUGCAGCUGGCGUCCAAACUUGAAACCAAGACUCGUCUAAAAUAAUACACGGAGAUACUGUGACGUAAACGUGCUCAAAUGAGAGCCGGGUGAUAAGGGAAUAAAUCAAGAGCACGAGAAGAUUUGAAGAUGGAUAAAUCGAAGCAGGCUAUGCAGUACACAGUGGAGGCUAUGCAGUAUCUCGUUGGAGGCAGAGCACGUCAUCCAAUCAGCAUGUCUGGACGACAAAGCGUUGUGGAUCGCAUGCAGGCGGCCCGUCAUACGAUAUCGGGAUCAGACCUGGCGAAGUCGGUAUGCAAAGCCACGACCGAGGAGAUGAUGGGACCGAAGAAAAAACACUUGGAUUAUCUACUGCAGUGCACUGCUGCAGAACAUAUCAGCAUUCCAGACCUAGCAGACCAGAUUGUACAUAGAUCAACCAAUGGCAACUGGGUCGUCGUUUUCAAAACGUUAAUAACAACACACCAACUCAUGGUCUAUGGCAAUGAUCGCUUCAUGUGGAAUCUAGCAACGAGAGCCAGUGUUUUCAGUUUGGAUGAUUUCACAGACAAAACAAAUGUGCAAGGAUAUGACAUGUCAACAUACAUCAGGCGGUACGCCAAGUACCUCAACUGCAAGGCUCUAGCAUUCAGACAAAUGGCAUUUGAUUUCUGUCGGGCUAAAAGAGGGAAGGAAGAAGGAGUACUAAGAACAAUGUGUGCAGAAAAACUCCUGAAAACCCUUCCCCCUUUGCAAGACCUAAUGGAUGCCCUACUAGACUUUGAGGUCACGUCCAAUAAUCUGUCCAAUGGUGUAAUAAAUAGUGCAUUCAUGCUCCUGUUCAAAGACAGCAUACGGCUGUUUGCAUGCUACAACGAUGGAAUCAUCAAUCUCUUAGAGAAGUACUUUGACAUGGGCAAGAAAGACUGCCGUACGGCACUGGACAUCUACAAGAAAUUCCUGAUUCGCAUGGAGAGGAUAGGAGAGUUCCUCAAAGUAGCCGAGCAAGUGGGGAUCGACAAGGGAGAAAUUCCAGAUUUAGCGAAGUUUGGUGAUGUGCCACCUGAAUAUAAAACAUGUCCUAAUAUGUUGUUUCCAUGGAAACCACUGGAUACGGGUAAGGCCCCAAGUAGUCUGUUAGAAGCCCUUGAGCAGCAUCUGGCAUCCAUCGAAAGCAGCAAAAAGUCAAACUGGAACAAAGCCAAUACAGUCCAGACAGUUUUAAACGCUUUCUCAUCAUCAGCAGCAUCCAUCGACGAUAACGACAAGAAGAAGGCCCUCGAGGACGAGAAGGCAAGAUUAGCAGCACUCAAGAGUUUUAGCCACACCUCUCAGAGUUUUAGCCACACCUCCCAGAGUUACAAUGAAGUGGGAACAACCAUCCUGUUUGACUUUAAUGAUCAGGAGCAAAGAUUGAAAGAGACCCAGCAGUCGGAGCAGUCCAUCACUUUCACGCCGGAGCCUGUAGUCCAGAGCACCCCACAGAUGGCAGCAGCACCAGCAGCAGCUCCAGCUCAAACUUCAAACCCCUUCAUCACCGCCCCAGCGCCAGCGGCACCCCAACCUGUCGCAGCAUCAACAUCCGGCCAGGAUCUGUUUGCCGCCCCCGCAGUGAACAACAACAAUCAACCAGGCAUGAAGCCCUCACAGGACCUGAUGUUCCUCCAGUCCAACCAGAUGACCACCAUUCUACAUGCUCAGAUGGCCACUCAGGCCAUGACCUCCAACCAACCUCCGCAAUGGGGGGGAUCACCAAAUGGUUUUGCAAAUAAUAAUGACAUUGGGGCAAACUUUGACAAGGCAUUCGGAAGCAGUGUACAGCCAGCAGCCCAAACCACCGCACCCAUCAUGGGAGAUGUCCUCCAGCCCAUGAACCAACAAUAUGUACCCCCCUCACAGGCAGAGGUCAUGGCCGCCAACGGGGGCAAGAAUCUCGACACAACACUCGUCAAAUUGGCAACAAAUCUUGAUAUUAAAGGUGUAGCCUCUCCUAAAAAAACUGCUGGAGCUGGGAGUGGAAGUGGUGCACUUGAUUUUGAUCUUCAUGGAAUGGGCCGUUUGAAGACGGAACAUCAGUGGACCAAGAACUCACCAUCACAGAGGACCGGAGGGGCCGGUUGGUCACCCCAGAAGGGCCCCAUCGGGUCAUCGGCUGCCCCUGCAUGGGGUGUUGCAGCAGCAGCCCCUAUGGGAGGUUACAUGGAGCUUGAGUCUGCACCAACACCUCCACCACCAAAUACUACCAUGAGCGGUCAAACGGCCGAUUGGAGGGGUCAAGCAUUCUCAGGACAAUUUGGUGCUCAACAAGCAGGGAUGGCCCAACCUGGAAUGGGCAUGGGUGUAAGACCGAUGGGCAUGGCACCCGCGGGCAUGUUUGGACAACCUGUUGGAGGUAUGGGUCAACCUAUGUAUAAUCAACCAACGAGACCACCUACACAAACCCAAGCACCCGCAGAUCCAUUCGGUAAUCUCAUCUAGCUCCACAGAUGUCAGUCAUCUCCACAGAGAUAUAUGGAUAUAUGAAUAUAUAUAUAAAUAGAUAAAUAUAUAAAUAUAUAUAUAUUAUGAUAUGAGUGCACAUUUUCAAAGUGGAGAAAAGAAGCUGUUUGUGACCAAUUAUGUAGAAACCAGCCCCACGAAUCAAGAAUUUUUUUUCUCGAUGGCGUCCACUCUCAUACGUUAUAUUUUGUGAUUGAGCGAUUCCAGUUAUCCAUGUUUAUGUUAGUGCAAGUGGGCUCAAACAUCAAAGAUACAUAUCUUUGUAUUUUCAAAGUGUCAUUUACAUGGACUGAUUCAAUAGUGCUAUACCCUGAAGAUUUAACCCUUUGCCUUUGUCAAUUUAUUGUUCCUGUAUUAUGCAUAGGAAAUGAGAUAACUUAGUAGUGAACAGGUUAAGUGAAUUUUCAUGUUGGAUUUGUGAACUACUCUUGCACACAACCUACAAGUUCUUUGUCAUGAUGAAUACAUGUGUAUGAAGUCCUAUGUCCAUAAACACAAACACAAAGGACAAAGUCUUUAUCUUGAACUUCAGUAUAAGUCAUUGGUUUAUGAUGAUGGAAGCAACAAAAAGGGCCUGUUUUUUAAGGCAAAGCGUGUUACGCUGUGAGACAAACAGUGUGCUUAUAUAGGUCAGUUAUGGAUGGUAUGGCCAGUUCUAACAUAUGGAGCUUUCAGCUUUGUUAGACCACUAAACAUCAGCUGUGUCUCUGCACCUCUUACAGACGCUGGGCAGUUCCAGGUAUGAUAAGAUCCCAGAAGUACAUCGUAGUAUGUAGUUACAUCUAAGGCUUGUCAACAUAGGACAUGGUACACUGCCACAACAAACCAAAGUUUCUGUGCUUAACUAAAAACACUCUGAAUGCCUCGUUCAGAUGUCAUGCUGCAAAACUGUAGUGUUUUUAAAAAGUUUUGUUACGAUGACGUACACAGAGCUUAGUGAACACGGGCAGGACCUUUAUGGUGCCCAGUUACCAUUCAUUGACGUGUACAAAAAAACUGAGGCGGCUUUUUUGCGACGGUUUACUGUGUCAUAUCUAAUCGAACCUUAAUUGUUCUUACAUUUGGUUUUGCUGCGGUAGUUUUGUGGUUGUUAUUUAAUGUGGGAGCCUUGCGUUAUUGUGUAGGGCUGCUGAAAGAUCUAUACCAUAUCAAUCUUGUGUGGGUUUUUACGUUAACUUAACUUCUAAACCCUAGGAUACCUUAGGUUGAAACCCACUGAAAAAAAAGUAUUUUCAAGCUAAUAUUGAGUUCUAUUAAUGAAAUUUAAUUUCAAGAGAAAGUUUGAUUUAUUAUGAUGCAAUAGAUGAGCUUCUGGGAAAUAGAUGGAUGAAAAAAUAUGUGCUCUAUAUCACAUUGAAAUGCACACUUCAGAUCAUGUUCUGGUUUCUUAAGUGUACAAACCUAUGAUUAUUCAAGAAAUUUCUGCACCAUUUGGAGCACACACACACAAAACAAAAAUCAUUCAAUAAUCACCAAUCAUUUUGUACAUAUGAAUGAUCAUCUUUUUGUCAAAUUAAUAUUUUAUAAUAUGGAAAGCAAUGUGUUAAACAUGUAACAUAUUAGGAAGACAUCCUUUUUCAAUGUCUACCUUUUGAUCUUUAAUAUAUACUCUAAUCAUGACCCUACUGCCAACGAAUAUUAAGUAGCGUAAGGUUUGAUGUAAUGAACACCUUCAUCAUUGGAGCAGUGUUAAUUGCUCACUUGAAUGGAGACAAUUUACAUAUAUACUACCUUAAGAAUAAUAGGAUAUAGUAGGAUAAGUGUAGGACCAUGAUUAUGAAACUUCAUCUUUGCGCGACUCAAAUCUUGUACAUCAUCAUCUACCUGAAUUUUGGCGUUUCCAUUUAUAGAUUUUACUUUUUCUUAAAUAUAAUAUUGAUGUAAGAAAUAUGUCAUGGAUAUUUCAAAUACAUGUAUGAAUUUAUUAGGUGUGCAUAUGUAUUUUUUGUACCCUCGCCUUGUAUGGAUAUAGAAGGCAUUAUGAAUUUUGGACCAGCAUUAAUAAGAAGUACUUUGUUUAGUGGAUACUGUGCUCGACCAUGUAUAUCUCCAAUUGUCCAGAGCUGUGGUAUUUAGGGAAAAUGAUAACUUAGAAAUCAUCAUCUGAAAGCUGAAACCAAAAUUUAAGUCAAAUCUUAGAUGAACUUUGAUUCGGGAAAUAGAUGAAGUUCUACAACUUUGAGAUUAGUUUAUAUUUUAAUUGCCACAACACGCAUCAAAAUUGUUGUUUUUAAAUUUAUUUUGCAAUGAUGUUUGAGGGGUUAUAAUAUGCACAUGAAGAUUGAGCAUUUGUAUGUCCCAAACUAAAAUGGAAGUUGACUGUGUACAGAUGAUGAUUUGGUUGGGAGUUGGUUACAAUUUCAUGUGUAACAUGCAUUUUGUGAUGUGUAAUUCAAGACAUUUUUCUUAAUCAAUAUGAUUAUGUUGAAAAGUUAUUGGAUUGCAUAGAAGAUUUAUCACGGAUUAGACAUAGAAUGUGUAUAUUUGUAGAAAAUUACUUGUUUGAUAAAAAGGGGGAAAGUUAUGUUAUUUCUUAAUGUUUAUUGUGUGUUGGGUGAGUGUCUGUGUGCAUAUUAUAUAUUGGAAAAAUGAAUUGAUGCAGGUAUGUAAAU